AGCAUUGUACUUCCUGUGUUGAGCCACUCCUGGUUUAACUGUGGGAAGUUGCUGAAAUCUCGUUGCAAGCGUUAGAACCCAUGAGAACAGUAAUCUGUCUAUUGUUUCUUUACGAGCUGCCUUCUCGUCUGCAUUGUUUUGCAGCAGCACUGCGUAUAAGUGAUUCGCACAAUGGACAAAGACGCUUUGCUGACUCAUAUCCUGAAGCCAAAAGGCAUUUCAACACUUCUUGGUGGAGAUCCGCCUAUCAGUGUGAUAAACAACAAUAAGUACAUAACCCAGGUGACCCCUGAAGCUCAGGUGACAGACAGAAAUGUGGAUGACAGCUCGCCCUCCCUCGAUCACGCCAUCCACACCGCUCUGUCUGGUCAGAGCAAAACUGUGAUACUCAUGGGUCCUGAAGGAUCAGGUAAAACCACCACACUGGAGAAGCUAGUUGUGGAUUGGGCAAAAGGAGAACACCUUCAAAACUUUUCUUAUGUUUUUUAUUUCCGGGUGAGAGUGAUAAAUUCUCUUGAAGGCGCGCUGUCUUUGGAGACUUUAAUGCAACACCAUCACAUUCCUCCCGAGUCCAUGCCCCUAGUUCUGCAGAAGCCUGAGGAUGUGUUGUGUGUUUUUGAUGACCUGGAUCAAUACAAAGUUUUCCCAGACCCCUCCGCCCACACCCUCUGCUCUGACCCCAGCCAGGCGGUCUCAGUGUCCUGUUUAAUAGCCAGUCUGCUUCAUGGAUCACUGCUGAAAGGAGCUGCUUUUGUGGUGGCAACCAGGCCGAAAGAAUCUCUGGAGUUUCCGAACAGCACCAGGAUGGAAGUACUGGGGUUUCUGAAGCCCCAGAGAGAAGCUUAUUUUAACGGCUUCUUUACUGACCCAGCCACUGCAAAUAAAGCUCUAACUCACAUGGAAAGGACUCUAGGUUUUUAUGAUUUCUGCACCUCUCCUAGAUUUUGCUGGACAGUUUGUUCUAUUUACAAGAUUCUGAUGGAUGCUGGAGCAGAACUUCCUGAAACAUUAACUCAGCUGCAUGUUGAUAUCCUGGUUCACCUGAUCCAGGCACUGAAUGAGGCGCGUGUCAGAGAGCUGGUGCUGGCCCUCGGCAGGAUGGCUUCUCAUUGCUCUCACCAACACUCAAGCUGCACCAAAGAGGAACUUGAUUGCUUCAGUUUUCACAGAUUUCUUAGCUCAGUUGGUGCAUUCUUGCAAGUAGACGGAGACCUGGAUUCAGACGCGUGUGUUUUUUCUUUCACCUCCCAGCUGAUGCAGGAGUUCCUCUUGGCCGUGUGUUUCUUUCUGGACAAGUCUGAGGGAGUGGAGAAGAUGUUGGAAAAGCACAAAGGUCACGUAAAGUUUCUAGAUCUCUUCCUGUCAGGGCUCUCGGAGCCAGUUCAGCGCAGACCAUUAGAGACCCUGCUGGAGGAGUUCAACUCGGAUCAGAUCACAGAUUUCAAACGCUGGUUUAAAAGCAGCUCAGAGGAAACGCUGAAGGGAUGUUACAAACACGAGCACCACCGUUGCUUCCAUCUACUUCACCAAGCUCACAGUAAGAAAUUGGUGAAAGAGAUCAUCACUCCGUCAGCACAAACAGGCAUCAGCUACGGCGACUUGAGCCUGCAGGACUGUGUAGCUCUGACCUACGUCGUCACGUGCCUCGGUGAGAUGGAGCUGUUGAAUCUGUACGGGACGAGGGAUUUUACCAAAGAGAAAGCAGAGGCCCUGGCUCCAGCUAUGAGCUUGUCACACAAGAUAUUCUUUUCAGGCAGCUCCUUGAGCACUGGAGCUGUCUCUCAUCUGGCUUCAGCUCUCAGCAGAGGAAUCACCAAGGAGCUGGAUCUCUCUUACGCCCGCCUUGGAGACGAGAAGUUCAAAAUUCUCUGUGCUGGACUCAGAGACUGCAAACUGCAAGAAUUAAAACUUCUAGCAUGCAGACUGACCGAGGCGAGCUGUGAUGAACUGGUGUCUGUGCUGACUUCAGGCGCCUCUCAGCUGUAUGUGUUGGAUAUGAUGCACAAUGAGAUCGGGGACCACGGCCUCAUGAAACUGAGCAAAGCACUGCAGAGUCCUCAUUGCAAACUACAGGAGCUCCCGCUGAGAGGCUGCAAUUUGACUGCAGCAUCCAUGGAGGCUUUCUCUGCAGCUUUGUGCUCUGGUAAAUCAGAGCUGAGAAAAGUGAUCCUGUCACAAAACAGCAUUGGUGACAGUGGAGUGGAGGCUUUGUGCAAAUCUCUGCAAAACCCACUGUGCAAACUGCAGAACCUUGAACUGUUUGAUAGUGAGCUGACAGGUGCGUGCUGUCGUCAUUUGACGGAAGCCCUGAUGUCAGAGCACUGGUCUCUGACAGAGCUGGAGCUGUCAGUGAAUGAUUUGGGCCAGGAGGGGGCGCUGCUGCUCUGCCAAGGCCUCAGUCAAACCGGAUGCCCAUUGGAAAAACUUGGGUUGAAACGAUGUGAGUUAACCCAGCCAGUCUUCAAGGAACUGGGCUCACUGUUGAAAAGUGGGACUUCCCGACUUAAGUCCCUGAUUGUUGGUAUAAAUAAAGUUGGCAACCAAGGGGUUAAACACCUUUGGGAUGCUGUUGCACAUCCAAGCUGUCUGUUGGAGGAACUUGAUGUUGAAAUGACCGAUUUGACAGACGCCUGUGUGGAGGACUUGUGUGCUGCUGUAAGAGCCAGCAAGACUUUGAAGAUACUGGAACUGAGAAACAACUCUCUGACCGAUGUUUCCGUCCCAGCUCUUAUCCAAGUCAUGCAGGACAGCCACAACAUGCAGGAGAUGAACCUCAAGUACAACGACUUCUCUGACGAGGUUUUAGACAUGUUGUACGAGUGUGAUAAGAUAAGAUACUGAAGGAGGCAGAUUGGUCCCUUCAUCUCACAGGCUGCUACAGGAUCACUCACUGUACUGAGUUCUGCCAUGUUCUCCCACAGCUGAGGUACUGGGAGGGAUGGGAAUUUGUUGUUUUUCUCUGUCUUAUGUAAAAGUUAAUUCAGUAUCUGUACUGUUGGUUGGACCAAACAAAAUGACAAAUUCAUCUUUAGAAAAUUGUGAUAUUUUACAGCCCAAAUGAUUCAUGGAGACAAUAAUCUGUAAUGAACAUAAUUAUCAGUUGCAGCCCUACUGAUGAUACAGUCAAGAUCACCAUCUAUAACAUAAUAAAAGUCCUUCAACACAUUAA